AUGUCUUGUUCAAAUAAAUGUUUUCAAACUACCAAGAAAACACCUUUAAUAACGCUCCCGUAUCCGCCUACUAUCAAAGCUUCCGACAUCGUGAAUAAACGCAAACCUUCCAAGGUUACAUCCAAGAGUCCCAAUGCCUUUUUGAUUUAUCGCAAAGCGUUCCUAGAACAGCUUUCAAAUUUAAAACACAAUCUAAGAAUGACCGAUGUCUCAAAGUUGGUUAGCGGUUACUGGAAGAAUGAACCGAAAUAUGUGAAGGACGCCUAUCGUAAAAUAGCGCAAGAUGUGGAAAUCGAAUUAAAUGAAUUACGUAAGCAAACCGUAUCCUACAGGAUUAUAUGGAAGAAUUCAAAGUAUUCGGCUGUUCGUAAACGAAAUCAAGGAAAGGCGGCAAAAAGUCAAGAAAGUAAGCCUGAAACGAUUAAUUCCAAAAAAGCAACACCACCAAACUGUGGAAAUGUGUUUUAUCAGUUUGUACCCACCGCAUUUCCUAACGUCGAAUUCACUAAACAUUCCAAAAAGAAGCCCAAAGAGGUUGUUGCACCAGCAUCAGAUCUCUUACCUGAGGAACCUCAGCAAGAAUUAGAGCAAUCAUUUAAUCAGUAUAUCAAUUAUCCGGAGGAGGAUAGUAAUUUAGAAAUCGAUUUGCAAGUUACAAACGAAUGUAACCAGCCUAUACAGCAAGAUUAUGUUUUCUUUGAGCAGCUGCAGCUGGAUUGGUACUUACAAAACUUUUACCCUAUUUAUGGAACACAAGUAUAA